CGAUUUCUCUGUUUUCUUUUGCUUCUGUUGUAAUUCUCUGCGUUAGAUUAGACAGCAAUCUAAAGGUCUGAUUUGGCAAUGGCUGAGGAGAUUACUUCAGAGGUCAAAGAGACGACAAAUCCUCCGAAGAUGUCUGAAGAGAGUUCUGUGGAAACAGUACGUGUAAAGGAUGUGGUAUCUGUGGUAUCCAAGGGUCAAGAAGAGAUUAUACCAGAGAUCAACGAAGUGCCUAAGCCACAAGGUAAUACUUUAAGACGUCAUUCGACUGGAACAAUAGGUACACGAGCAACGAAACCGCAGGUUCAGUCCCGUUAUCGCGGGAAUCAUCGUGUGGGUUCGACUCAUGAUUUAUGUAAACAUGGGAAGAGGUGUGAUCAAGAUGAUGCUGUGAAACCGUGGAAGAUGGUUAGGAGAAAGAGUGUUGAAGGCUCAGAUGUGAUCAAAGUUGAGACUCCAAGUUUGACAAGGAAGUCAUUGGGAAGUGUGAGUAGACAGAUUCCGGGUACCAAACCAGAGAUUUCUGUGGCUGCAAAGAGAGAUGCCUCGGCUGUGAAAAGAAAACCAUGUGCUUCUGUGAAUUCAGAAUCAAGCUCCAAAGAUGGUAAUGAGAUAGCGAGAUAUGUUGAUGGUUUAAGCGUUAAAAGCAAUGAUAGAGCGCGGAAGAACGAAGAAACCGAGAUUACUCUAAGUGGUUCAGCUGUUGUUAAGAAGGUUCCUGGCUUGAGAAAUGAGAAGGCAAGUACUUCUGUGGAGAAGGUUUCAAAGAUCAGUGGCGUUGGAAGUUCUAAGGUUUGUGCUCCAAAGAAUCUGAAGAAUGUGGAGAAGGCAAAGACGACUCAGACAAUUAGCGGUGAAGAUGUAAAAGAGAAGACUGUGUGCGUUGUUGAAUCAAGCGUUAAAGGUGUUAAGAGUGAGAAGCAGCCACCAUCUGAGAAGAAAACCAUGAAAAGUGGGCAUAAAAGCUUGACUACUCCUAAACGUGGUUCUAGUCCUACUAAACAGAUUCCUGGUAAAAUCAGUACCGGUUUGACUAAGAAGAAAGAAAGUGAUACUGCGGAAGUUGAAGCAAAUCCGAAACCCGAGAAGAAUAUUACGCCUAAGAAGACAGGAGCAAAGGUGACUCUAGCUCGCCAGCUGACUUUCAAGAAAGGAAAGGUUCUUGAGCCGAAACCCGAGGAUUCUUCUCCGAAAUGGAUCAAGUUCAGAAAGAGGGUUGUGCAGGAACUUAAAACGCAAUCCGAAGGAAGGAAGAAGAAUCUGAAAGAUAGAAGAUUGGGUGUUGAGACGAAUACCGAUUCUUGUGAAGGAAGUAAACGUGAGAAGGUUGUUCUGAGGCAUCGAAAAGUAGAAGGGAAGAAGAAAAUGAUAACAUUGUUCAACAAUGUGAUUGAGGAGACAGUGAAUAAGCUAACAAAGGUGAGAAAGCACAAAGUGAAAGCUCUUAUUGGUGCUUUUGAAACUGUUAUCUCUCUUCAGGACACUAAGACAUCUCACAAACCUCAGAGCAAGGCCACAACAUCUGCGUCUAAGGUUAGACCUUUGGUCUCCGAACAGUGAAAGAAAAAAAAAGACAACAGUUUAUU